AUGGCCGAUUUCGAAACCAUCAUCAACGACGCCAUUGCAGCGCAGGAAAUCCCCGGGUGUGCUCUAGCGGCCACAAGCCGUGAUGGCACCUUCACAUACUCCAAAGCCUUCGGAAGCACUUCCACGAACCCCAGCUCAGCCAAACCCAUGAAUCUCAACACGAUGAUGUGGGUCGCAUCCUGCACCAAACUCAUGACCGCCCUCUGCGCCAUGCAACUCGUAGAACGCGGCCACAUCACCCUAAACGAAUCCGUAUACACCCACAUCCCAGAACUGAAAUCCCUGAACGUCCUCACUGGUUUCACAGACGCCGGAGUCCCUAUUGAGGAAAAGCACACAAAGCCUAUUACGCUUCGUCUACUACUUACGCACUCGAGCGGCCUGACGUACGAAGGUAUGCAUCCGAAAACGCUGGCGUGGCUGAAAUAUCACGGGAAGAAAAUGAAUGCCUCGCCAACGGUCGUGGGGCGCUUCGAUGCGCCGCUUGUGUUUGAGCCGGGCGAGAGCUGGGCGUAUGGGCCUGGGGUUGAUUACGCCGGUUUACUAGUCGAACGUAUCUCCGGUCUCACGCUAGAAGAGUACAUGAAGAAGAAUCUUUGGGGCCCACUUGGCAUCACCGACGUUACGUUCUUCCCCUCCACGCGCCCGGAUCUGCAGGAGAGGAUGGCGGAGAUGUCGGGGAGGGGUGAAGAUGGGAAGUUGAGUGUUCAUGAGGGGAAGAUGCCUUUUGUGGAUGAUAAGGGUGGGGAGGUGACGGGUUGUAUGGGUGGGCAGGGCAGUUUUACUUGCGCGAAGGAGUAUAUUAAGGUGUUGAAGGGGGUGUUGGAUUGUGACGAGGGAGGCGAGGGCAAGGUGUUGAGCAAGGAGAGUUUAGAGACGUUUUUCAAGCCGCAGUUGGGUGACGGGAGUCGGGCGAUGUUAAAUGCUGUUGUACAGGAUGACGCGGCAAGUCUUUCCUCCUACUCUAUUCACCCAGGGCGGUUCGGCUAA